GAUUGAGCGGGGAGUGUAAGACUUGUGAAGAACAGUCAGUGGAUCUUCCAUCGAGAGGUUUCUUUCGAGGGGCCGCACAGUUGGUCUUGACUCCAAUGGACAUCAGAGAGGUUCCCUAGACCAGUGGAAUGGAGAUACAUCCCUUGAACAACGAGGUCUAUCCCCUCAACACGGAGAAGCCAACGGCAGAGCCCGCCAAGGAAGAGGAGGAUUACAAGGAGAAUGGGGUUCUGAUCCGGAGUCCCAGGACCGCCAAAAAGGUCCUGGGGGAGGAUCGCAAGGCACCGUCCAAACCUCAGGAGAAGGGCGAGAAAGACCAGGCCUCCUUCAGUGGGCACACCGGUGAGGACAAGGGAGGGGACGGGGCUCCAGCCCUGCACUCGGAGGUGGACAAAACCAUUGCUUCAGGUCGAGAGAGCUGGAGCAAAAAAGCAGACUUCUUGCUAUCGGUCAUUGGCUACGCGGUUGACCUCGGCAAUGUGUGGAGAUUCCCCUACAUCUGCUAUCAGAACGGAGGCGGGGCCUUUCUACUGCCCUACAUUCUGAUGGCAAUAUUUGGUGGCAUCCCUCUCUUUUACAUGGAAUUGGCACUGGGGCAGUACCACAGGACCGGAGCCAUCUCCAUCUGGGCAAAGAUAUGCCCACUCUUCAAAGGAAUUGGAUAUGCAAUCUGUAUAAUAGAUCUGUACAUUUCCUUUUACUAUAACACCAUUAUCUCCUGGGCUCUGUUCUAUCUCUACUCAUCGUUCGAUUAUGUGCCUCCCUGGACCUCCUGCUACAAUGAGUGGAACACCCCCAACUGCACCAACUACUUCCUCAAGGAUAACGCCACCUGGACUGAGUUCUCCGUCUCACCAGCUGAGGAAUUUUAUGUUCGCCGAGUCCUUAUGGCUCAUAAAUCGAAUGGUUUGGGUGAUGUUGGCGGUAUCAACUGGCACCUUGUAAUUUGUCUGAUCAUAAUAUUUACUGUGGUGUACUUCAGUAUUUGGAAGGGCAUACGGACCUCUGGAAAGGUGGUGUGGGUGACGGCCACUCUGCCCUAUCUCGUGCUUUUAGUCCUCCUGAUCCGUGGGGCCACACUGCCAGGGGCUUGGAAAGGAAUCGUCUUCUACCUGCAUCCGCAGUGGGGAAAAAUGUUCACAAUGCAGGUGUGGAUUGACGCGGCUACACAAAUUUUCUUCUCGCUUGGUCCCGGGUUUGGUGUCCUGAUGGCAUUUGCCAGCUACAACAAAUUCAACAACAACUGCUUCAGGGAUGCAAUGAUCACCAGCUCUGUGAAUUGUUUGACCAGUUUCCUUGCCGGCUUUGUUAUAUUCACCAUCCUGGGCUACAUGGCAGAGAAGAGGAAAGAAGAUGUUUCAGAAGUGGCUAAAGAUCUGGGACCGAGUCUUCUCUUCAUCACCUAUGCAGAGGCAUUGGCCAACAUGCCCGCAUCCUCCUUCCUCUCUGCCAUCUUCUUCCUCAUGCUCGUCACUCUGGGUCUGGACAGCACGUUUGCAGGUCUGGAAGGUGUGAUCACCGCAGUAGUGGAUGAAUAUCCGGACUUACUGAGAAAACGGCGAGAGUGGUUUGUGCUGGUACUGAUCAUGAUCUGCACUCUGGGAUCGAUGAGCACCCUCACGUAUGGUGGAGCAUACGUGGUGAAAUUCUUUGAAGAAUAUGCCACAGGAACCGCUAUUAUUGUUGUGGUGUUUCUGGAGGCCAUUGCUGUGUCUUGGUUUUACGGUAUGAAAAACUUCUGCAAAGAUAUUAAGGAAAUGAUUGGGUUCGUUCCUGGGAAGUUCUGGCAGAUAUGCUGGGUCGUUAUUAGUCCAGUUUUUCUUCUGUUCAUCAUUAUCAGUUUUCUGGCACUUCCAAUGGAAAUUAAACUCUUUAAUUACACCUACCCUCACUGGUCUAAAGUGUUGGGCAAUUUCUUGGGCCUGUCCUCAAUUAUCUGGGUUCCAAUCUAUAUGGUUUACAAAAUCAUCAUUACACCUGGAACAUUUGGAGAGAGGAUCUUGAAAAGCAUAACUCCUGAGAGGAGUGAAAUCGAAUCCUCGACUGUUGUGGUCCAUCUGAAUGCUGUUUAAUCAACAAUUAUUGGUGUGCUUUACUUCUUGGACUAACUGUUCCGAUCAGCAAGAGGUAUUACAAGGUCAAAGAACCAAACCCAGAGUAACAGCACGUCUCCAGACAGCGCCUCUAACUGCAACUUUAGAGAUAUUAGUAUUUCCCUCAAAAUAUGUUUAAAUUGUCUUUUAGUUGUACUGGGACAUUAAGUAUUGGAAUAACUUAAUAAGAGUUAGACAUUCCAAUUUCUAUUUACUGCCCACAGGGUGUACUCGUACACCUUGAUAACAAAUACCAUGUGACUGUUGCUUUGUUCUAUAAUGUAGCUUGUGUAUUUUAAUUGAGAAAAUUCAGCGGCGCAGCGGUAGAAUUGCUGCCUCACAGCGCCAGAGACCCGGGUUCGAACAUGACCGCGGGUGCUGUCUGUACAGAGUUUGUACAUUCUCCCCGUGGCCUGCGUGGGUUUUCUCUGGGGUCUUCGGUUUUCUUGUCUAUCCUACACGUCUGUAGGUUAAUUGGCUUUGUUAAAAUUGUAAAUUGUCCCUAGUGUGUGUUGGAUAGUUUUAGUGUACGGGGUAAUCACUGGUCAGCACGGACUCGGUGGGCCGAAGGACCUGUUUCUGCGCUAUGUCUAAAAAACUAAAAUAAUUGUAUUUAUAAGUGGACAUCACUGAAAUACAUUUCAUGACCAGUUCUACAAAGCACCGUAUCAAAGUUCAUUAUGAAUUUACAUUAAAUGCAAACUGGAUUUUUGUUGGAUUGCAAUGGCUAAUGGAGGUUAUGCCUUAAAAAUUUGCUCAGAAUUGUAUAUUAUUGAUUUUUAACCUGUGUAUUCACAAUGUAACAUUUGAUGUUACAAUUCACAUCAUUGUUCUUGGUGCCUUAUUUCUUAAUUUCAAGUUUUCUAAACGGAUAAGAAGAUUUCAAAGUCACUUAAAUACAAUUAGCUGGAAUAAAUUGUAAACCUUUGUUUUUAUACAAUUAAAUCGUUUUUUUUGUUUUAAUUAUUAGGCAAGAAAUACAUUUUAUCAUUUUUACAAGGCAUUCUAAUAGACGCCUGGGGAAAGGGGACAAAUGCUGGAGUAACUCAGCGGGUCAGACAGCAUCUCUGGAAUUAAGGAAUAGGUGAUGUUGCAGGUCUGACCCUGACCUGCUGAGUUACCCCAGCGUUUGUGUCUAACAUUACUACUUUAAUAUGUAAAAGUCUCAAAGUUAAAUGAGAUAUACAUAUACUAUAUAUAUAUAUAGCAAUCUCUUCAGCUGAAGGCUUAAACUCACAUUUUCUUGACUCCCCAAACUGCUUUCAGGCAUUUUGAGCACAGCAAACUAACUGAAACGACACAAUAACUGGGCAACGUUAGUUCAGUAAUGAGGUCGUAUGAUGACAUUAAUAUCCUCAUAGAGUCAUAGUGAUACAGUGUGGAAACAGGCCCUUUGGUCCAACUUGCCCACACCGGUCAACAUGUCUCCGCUAUACUAGCCCCACGUGCCUGCGUUUGGACCAUAUCCCUCCAAACUUGUCCUAUCCAUGUAUCUGUCUAACUGUUUCUUAAACGUUGUGAUAGUCCCAGCCUCAACUACCUCCUCUGGCAGCUUGUUCCAUUCACCCACCACCCUUUGUGUGAAAAAGUUACCCCUCAGAUUCCUAUUAAAUCUUUUCCCCUUCACCAUAAACCUAUGUCCUCUGGCCCUCGAUUCCCCUACUCUGGGCAAGAGAUUCUGUGCAUCUACCCCAUAUAUUCCUCACAAUUUUACACAUUCUGGCCAGUUUAAUUUAUGUAGCCAGAUAUAUUUCAAAAGCAGCAUGGUGGCGCAGCAGUAAUGUUACUGCCUCACAUCGCCAGAGACCCGGGUUCCAUCCUGACUACGGGUGCUGUGUCUGUAGGGGGUUUGUACGUUCUCGUUCAACCCGUGACCUGCGUGGGUUUCUCUCACACUCCAAAUAUGUACAGGUUUGUAGGUUAAUUGACUUAGUAUAAAUGUAAAUUGUCCCUAGUGUGUGUAAGAUUGUGUUGGAGUGUGGGGUGAAUCCUGGUCGGCGCGGACUCGGUGGGCUGAAGGGCCUGUUUCCGCGCUGUAUCUCAAAACUAGCAUGGAAUUGCAGUUAUUGCUUUAUGAAAUUCUGUCUUGUGCCACUAUCGUUCAUAGAGCAUCAGUCACGUACUUGUCCUUUGAAACAGAAAGCAGUAACUGAUUUCAAAGGAGGUGAAGACAAGAGUGUUUCUGUCAAUUGACAAGCUGUUAGCUAUGCAUUCUUGUGACCAACCCUCCUGCCGUUAUAAUCUGUGGGAUUGUGUUUUGUGGCCAGAAAGCGGUACUUGGCAGAGGUGAUAUAGGGGUUAGGUAGAUUAAAUUUCCUCUCAUCAUUUGCUUUCUGAAACAGUGAUGGAGUGACUUGUUCUGAUAUUGUGGGUAAAAAAAAUACAUUUGUAAAUUGUUCCACUCGCAUGAUUUCCCAUUUCACACCAUCCAGUAAAAAGACAGAGUGCUGGAGUAACUCGGUGGGUCAGGCAGCAUCUGUGAAGCACGUGGAUAGAUACUGUCUGACUCUGUGAUCAUAAGGCCAUAAGUGAUAGUAGAAUCAGGUCAUUCGGCCCAUCACGUCUACUCUGCCAUUCAAUCAUGGCUGAUCUCUCUCCCUCCCAACCUCAUUCUCCUGCCUUCUCCCCAUAACUACUGACACCCCUACUAAUCAAGAAUCUAUUGAUCUCAGCCUUAAAAAUAGUCCACUGACUUGGCCUCCACAGCCUUCUGUGGCAAAUAAUUCCGGAUUCACCACUCUCUGAGUAGAGAAAAGUCUCAUCUCCUUCCUAAAAGAAUGUCCUUUAAUUCCGAGGCCAAUACCUCUAGUCCUAGACUCUCCCACGAGUGGAAACAUCCUCUCCACAUCCACUCUAUGUCCAGGCCUUUCACUAUUCUGUAAGUUUCAAUGAGGUCCCCCCUCAUUCUUCUAAACUCCAGCGAGUACAGGCCCAGUGCUGAUAAACACUCAUCGUAGGUUAACCUGCUCAUGGGAUCAUUCUUGUAAAUCUCCUUUGGACCCUCUCCAGAGCCAGCACAUCCUUCCUCAGAUAUGAUGACCAAAAUGGCUCACAAUAUUCCAAAUGUGGCCUUACCAGUGCCUUAUAGAGCCUCGAUCCCUGUUUUUGUAUACAAGCCCUCUGGAAAUAAAUGCCAACAUUGAGUUUGGAUUCUUUACUACUGAUUCGACUUGCAGAUUAACUUUCUGGGAAUCCUGCACCAGCACUCCCAAGUCCCUUUGCACCUCCGAUUUCUGGAUUCUCUCCCCAUUUAGAAAAUAAUAAAUCGUAUGUCCAGAAACGGAAUAUAAAAUUCUUACUUGUAGAAGGACAGCAGAUAUGUAAACAUAAUAUUCUGUAAACAUGAUCAAUUGUCCCAAGUGUGUGUAGGAUAGUGUUAGUGUGCGGGGAUCGCUGGUCGAGGUGCAGAUCUGGUGAGUCCGGUUUCCACGCUAUAUCUCUCAACUAGACAACAAAAGAUAAAUUGUAUAUUUAAAAAAUACUAGCGCAAAGACAAAAAUAAUGUCCCCAAAAUCUAUGUAGCUCAGAGCUUAUUGAGGUUGGAGUGUUUAAUAAUUGGAUUAGUACGGGUGUCAGGGGUUAUGGGGAGAAGGCAGGGGAAAGGGGUUAGUAGGGAGAGAUAGAUCAGCCAUGAUUGAAUGGCAGAGUAGACUUGAUGAGCCGAAUGGCCUAAUUCUACUCCUAUCACCUAUGACCUUAAUAGCCUGAUAGUUGUAGAGAAGAAGCUGUUCCUGAACCUGGACGUUAUAGUUUUCAGGCUCCUGUACCUUCUUCCCGAUGGCAGUGAUGAAAUGAGAGAGUGGCCAGGGUGGUGUGGGUCUCUGAUGAUGCUUACUCCAGCACUUUGUCUCUUUUUGUUUUGUAAACCAGCAUCUGCUGGUCUUUGUAUCUUUCUGUAUCCUUGUCAUUCGUUUUCUAAACAUAAGCCAUGCUUUGUUUUCUGGCAAAGCUGGAGAGGGUAGAAUGAACCGGCUGCAGGGUCCCUCGCUUGUACCUGCAACACAAAACUCAUUAUACCACAAAAUUAAAAUAGUUUAACCAAAUCGAUGAGAAAGAUCACAGAACUAGAAUUGGUGAAUAUAUCCCCUGAAUUUAUAAAUGUUUUCUCUGGGGCUUGGUAGUAUAUAUUUCCAGCCUGAAUUGAACGUAUUUGUAUGUAAACGCAAUUUGACAUUACUGAGAUAUAAUGUGACUAUUGUAAAAGUUGGCUAGCUUAUGAGAUGUAUGUCUGAAAGCCUCUCUCUCUCUCUCUCUCGCGCACAGAGUGCAGCUCCAUCUAGUGAUCGUCACAGGUUAGCCCCAGAAAUACAGUGGGCAAAAACAGAUGAGUAUUUUUGUGUCUGUGAGAUUGACCUGGUUGUUUGUGGAACAGGUUAUAUAAAGCCAUUUUUGUACAUCUGCUGUAUUUGUAGCUCAAGUCCGUCUGUUUUUUCAAAUCUGCUAUUGCCGUGUUUCUCACCCAUGUACUUGUCCAGCUUCUGUACGCCGAUUAUUUCUAAAUCGUCGUAUUUAUGCAGAUGUAUGCCACUGUUACUGGUAUCAUUUUACAUGAUUCAAUAAAGUUUAUCGUUUCCAUUAGUUAAUCAUACUUUAUUAGCCAAGUAUGUGUUGCAACAUACGAGGAAUUGUAUUUGCCGUUCAGUCAUACCAAUAAAAAGCAACAGAACACACAAAAUACAUUUUAACAUAAACAUCCACCACAGUGACUCCUCCACAUUCCUCAAUGUGAUGGAAGGAGAAAAACAAGUUCAAUCUCAUC